AUGUUCGUCGCUGGAUCUAGCACUUUUACAGGAUCACCAAAAAUGGAGCCCGAGAAUCGUUUGAUGUGCUCAUCAUUGAAUGUGCUCAUCACUGGGUCCACAUCGGGCAUCGGGCUACACGCGGCAAAACAUUUCUAUUCCCUUGGCGCCUCAGUGAUUAUCACGUAUCGAGAAGCGGAAAGGGGCAAAAAAGCGGUGGAAACGGUGGUAGAGAGUGCGGUGGCGAUGGAAGGGCAAAGUGUUAUGAUGUUGGAGUUAGACCUUUGCUCACUCAUUUCCGUAGGCAAUUUCUGUACGGAAGUGAAAAAUGCGUUGAAAUCGCUUGAUGUUCUGGUUUGCAAUGCUGGUGUGAUGGGAAGACCGUUUGAGCUAACCACGAACGGAGUCGAGUCUCAUUUUGCCGCCAAUCAACUCGGGCAUUUCAUCUUGGUGAGACAAUUGAUCGAAUUGAUAGAAAAAGCGGAGAAUGGAAGGAUCAUCGUUGUGUCGAGUGGAUAUUAUAAACAGGUCACCGAGAUGCGUACCCGGAAAGAGUUGAUGGGAUUACAAGCCGGCGAUUGCCUAUGCAAA